AUGUACCAACUACAUGUUUGGGGCAAUAAUCGAAAACUAUCUGUAAUAUCGCCGGAAUGUCUUGCUAGUAGUUGGCUUUUGACGAUGUUAUCGACUGUGAAGCUGAUUGAAUUUGAAAUAGUGACGUCGUCAAAUACAAACAUCUCAGAUAUCGGGAAAUUACCGGUGUUGCUUGUAAAUAAGGAAAAAUAUAAUGGAUUCGCAGAAAUCACCUCUUGGGUAGUAGAAGAAAUGGGAAGUUCGGGGAGUGACGAGUUUACGAUCAUCAAAAACGACACGAAGAGAUUGAUAGACAAGAGUCUUGUGUCCUUAAUUGAAAACCAUCUUGAGCGAAUUCAUCUUUACAAUUUGUAUAUAUGUACAGAGAAUUAUGAAAAUUUUACUCGAAAACUAUUUCAAAAUUUCUUUCCCUUCCCCAUGAUGUAUAACCAGCCGCUUAAGUUUUAUCAUAAUGCCCAAUUGCAAGUUCAAUUAUCGGGAUUGUCGGCGGGCACUAGCGGGUUCUUCAGCCUAAGCAAUGCGGACAUAAUCCAAUCCGAAUAUUUAGAUCAGGAAAUCUAUGAAAGUGAUGAGGAUAAGACGGUGGCACUCAGCGCUUUGCAUGAGAAACACAUAUUAGCGAAGUCGAGGCAAAAGGCAAAACUACGAGAGAGUAGAAGCCACUUGAAAUGCUUGAACCUUAUAGAACGGUCUAUUGGAUUGCUAUUGCAAUUGUCUAAGCAAGAAAAUGAGGAAUCUCAACAUGGGUAUAUUUUUGAAAGCGGAAAAUUACAGCCAUCUGAAAUUUUACUAUAUGCCUACUUAUAUUGUUUAACGUUUGAAAACUUACCUGACAGAUUCAUUUCCAAGUACAUUGAAAUUCAAUUUCCUGAGUUUUCCAAAUUCGGGACAAAAAUAAUAGCAAGGUUGAACAAAUUGCUCUACGAGAAAUCUAUCUUAAUAAGGGAUCCUUGUGAACAAGAAAUUCCAAAUUUGUGGAACGAAGUUCAGUACCAAUGCGGCUACAUCAAAUAUUAG